UGUAGUAGAUAAUUUUUGUACUGGAUGGGUAGAUAGAACACACUUAAUCCUAGGAAUAAACAAGUGCUAACCCAGGAAUGAGCAGCUCAAUUGUUUACAGAAUUGUAGUUACUUUUUUGUUGCUCUUGGGAUGGCCUUUUUCUUGGAUGGUGGUGAUGGUGCUGGUAGUGAUGGUACUAAGAAAAAGAAAAGAAGAAAAGUUGAAGUGUAUACCAGCAUACCCUUGUGUUUCUUUUGUGCAGAUACAUCCUUUUCUUGUACCACUUCUGAGCACUGUCCUGCAUCCCCUACCAGUAAUUUACCAAACCUCUGCUUUCCAUAAUUAAACACCACAGUGGGGGUGCCACUUUAACUGAACACACCAUCUCUCACACCCUGCCCUUCUCCUUCUCACUUUGUUUCUUUGUUUCUCUCAUCUCCCUUUGGUGAGCACACGGGACAAAUUGCGAGGAGAGCCAUGGUGUGAAUCGCUUGGUUCCUUGGAUCUCUCUUCAGGUGUUAGGCUUGAUGAACUGAGGUGCAGAAUUCUGUACCUGCCUCUGGGUGCUUGCUUGAGCUGAGGCAGAAACCUGAGUGGUGAGAGUGGUUGGUGUUCUUGCGAUCGUUCAGGCAUGAAGAGCAGCAGCAAAGCGGCGUGCCAAGAACCGGCAGGCGAGGAGGUGUCCGAGAUCAGCAGCCAGGCGGCGUCCAACAACGAGCCGUGCGACUCCUCCGGCAAGCUCAGCCUCGACCUGUCGCUCACCGUCGCCGCCGCAGCAGCAGCAGGGGCGGCCUCCGCGACCGAGUCGAGCACCACGGACAGCGGCGGGACGGGGCCGCCGGCGGCAGCGGCGCGCGAGCCUGCCCGGGUGUUCACGUGCAACUACUGCCAGAGGAAGUUCUUCAGCUCGCAGGCGCUGGGCGGCCACCAGAACGCGCACCGGCGGGAGCGCACGCUGGCCCGGCGCGCGGUGCGGCUCGACGCGUUCCCCUACGGCUACGCCGACGUGGCCUCGCUGCCGCUGUACGGCGCCGGCCUGUACCCCAUCGGCAUCCAGGCGCACGCGUCGGUGCACCACCCGGGCGUCGCGGUGCCGCCGGCGCCGGCGGGGCGCCCCGACCAGCUGAGGCCGUCGGCGCGCGCGCUUCUCGGCCCAAUGCCGUUCGUCGUCCAUGCAGGCGACGAGGAGGCCAGCUUCGGGUGGCCCGGCAGCUUCAGGCCUCCACCCACCAGCGCCACCAUCCCGGCCACCACCCCAGCCGCCGCCAGCUCGGCCGUCAACUCCGGCUCCUACAACCUCGGCGGCAGCGUCGUCGUGCAGGCCGCCGACGACGAGCCCGACCUCACACUUAGACUCUAGCUGCUGUCUCAUCAGUUAGCCUGGUGUAACAUCUCUCAGGUUGCUCCCUGAUCAUCUCUUCCGUUUGAGUUAGAUCGCUUGCCUAUGCCCUCGCUCCUCCUCCUGCUGCUGCUUGACAUCAACCCGGCUACUGCUGCUGGAUUCGUAUUGUUUUCAUGCAUGCGUGCAAAGUAUUGUUUUUUUUGUACAGCUAGCCUCCUAGAGCUAUCUUACGCUCCUAAUAUGAAUUGUGCUUGUACCCUGCC